CCGCCCGAAACGGCAUACGAUCAGUUACGGUUUAAAGUAAAGUCAGCGCCUGUCGAGCUUGUAGUCGCUAGAGGCUCUUCUCCGCCGCGAUAAAGUGUCACCUUAGUCAGGACGGCCAUGUCUCGUUUUGCAGUGCAGGCGGGCAUAUGUCGGGCCCGAAAUGGCAUACGAUCAUGCUGGACCGAGGGCUCGCUGUGGAGCGACCGCGGCGAGCAUAACUCGACGCAAUGUGGACGGUUCGAGUGCUUCCAGUGCGGCAACGUGUACCGCUGGAAGGGCAACCUGAUGGCCCACCUGCGCGUCGAGUGCGGCAAGGAACCUAACCAGCACUGCCCCUACUGCCCGCAGCGCUUCAAGCACAAGAGCCACCUCAAGAGACACUUCCUGCGGCUGCACCCGGAACACCGCUGGCCGAACAAGUAGCGCUGUGUCACUCUGUUUUUGAGAAAAUACACGCCAUGAGAAUCA